AUGUGGGAGACCAUUAAGGCGUAUGCUCGAGGCUUAGUCAUCUCAUACUCUGCGUCUCGGAGAAGACAAAAGGGAGAACAACAGAGCCUACUCGAGGCUCGCUUGAAGGCAGCUGAGAUAGCCCUCCUAAAGGAUCCAACGUUCAUCCGGCUCCAGCAACAGCCCACAAGCAGCAAAGAAAAUCUCUUUGUGGAGCCCAAGAAGACAUUGCCGAAAACACCGGUGAAAAAUGACUCGACACCUAGCAUGGUGCCGUGGAGGGGCUGCGGUACCCCAGAUCAGGAUCUGGUGACUCCGGUUAAACACAACGACAAAUCAUCGCCUGAACCCUGGUCUCCCACUGCCAACCUGAAGAUGCUGAUCAGUGCAGCUAGCCCUGACAUCAGGGACCGUGAGAAGAGGAAGGAGCUGUUCCGACAGAUCGAAAACGACACGCUUGUGAGUGUCGCUGAUGUCAUUCAGCUCGACUCGAUCACUGAAGCCACCACUGAUGAAUUUGAGCAACAACGGCCGAGCAGGAAACAAAAAAGUCUGGGGCUUCUUUGCCAGAAAUUCCUGGCACGUUAUCCUAAUCAUCCUGUUUCAUCUGAGAAAACAGAAAUUUCCCUGGAUGAAGUGGCAACUGACCUUGGAGUGGAACGCAGACGGAUUUACGACAUUGUAAAUGUCUUGGAGUCUCUUCAGCUGGUCAGCCGGAUGGCAAAGAACCAGUAUUCCUGGCACGGCAUGUUAGGGCUCGAACAAACCCUGGCCACGUUAAAGAGGAGGGGGGAACAGCAUGGCUAUGCCAGGCAGCUGGCUCUCGCCCACCACAAGGAGCUGGACUCUGAGGAAAUGGAGAAGGGAGCCAGUGCCCAAGAACGAUGGAGCUGCACCCAGGAGCUGAACAAGGAAAUGCAGCCUGUGGAGGUGGAGAAUAAAUCGGCUUUGUUGAAUAGCAGAAAGGACAAGUCUCUGCGCAUCAUGACGGAGAAAUUUGUGAUGCUUUUCCUUGUAUCAGAACCAAAAACGGUGGCUCUCGAUAUUGCUGCUAAAGUCCUGAUUGAAGAGAGUCAGCAGGACUCAGCUGAUAACAGCAAGUUUAAAACUAAGAUCCGCAGACUGUACGACAUUGCCAACGUGUUGACCAGUUUGGGACUCAUCAAGAAGGUUCACGUGACUGAAGAAAAGGGCCGGAAGCCAGCGUUCAAAUGGGUUGGGCCUGUCCAUCAGAACCAGGCAGAUGAUCAUUCUGUCACAUUAUCAGAACGAACAGGUUCAGUAGAAGGUGUGUUUCCAGUCACUGUAAACACCGAGGAGAGGUUGGGAUGUCCACAUUCGUUCAGUCCUCAACACCGUUCCCAUUCCAACCAGUUCAAGGCCCUGUCUGCUCCUUGCAGCCCUGCUAAGUUUCAGAAAGGUUUGUGUCUCUACGACAGUUGUGGUUAA